GAGACGGUCCCACAGCUGAGACACAAACCAAGACAGAGACAGAAGUGAACAGACACUUGAAGAGUGUUUCCUCUGACAACAAGAAGACUCAGCUCUAAACACACUCUGAACAUGCUGUGCUCUCAUGGACUCCACUCUCAGCUCAGUCCACUCAUGGACUUCCACUGGACCGUGGGGCCACAGGUCAGACCUCUGCUCUACCAGCAGCAUCUCCUGCACAGGAACCUUCAGGAGCUGUGCAGCAGUCUGGAGCUGAUGGACAAACUUCAACAGCAGGACCUGGAGGACAAGAAGAAGAAGAAGAAGACGUCUGUCCAGAGCUGUCAGGCCCUGGAGACACCUUCCUACCAGCUGCAGAAAGACGGAGACAACGUUGGCCUGGUCCUGGACACACGAGGCUUUUCUCCAGCGGAGCUGACUGUCAGGCAGGUGGGCAGGAAGCUGAGGGUCAGCGGGAAGACGGAGAAGAAGCAGGAGGACGGGAAAGGCUCCUACUCUUACAGCCUGCAGGAGUUCAGACAGGAGUUUGAUCUGCCUGAAGGACUGAACCCUGAAGACGUCACCUGCUGCCUGGCUCCAGACGGGAAACUCCACAUCCAGGCAGCCAGAGCUCCAUGUGAGGAGGCAGAGAGAGAGCUGACUAUCAGGAGGAGCACGGAGGAGAAAGGGGAGCAGAGUGUGUCUUCACACACAGCAGAGUCACAGCAGCAGCAGCAGCAGCAGCAGAGUCACAGCAGCAGCAGCAGCAGCACUGACUCAGACAACAGUCCUGGACCAAACAUGGACUGAUCACAAUAUUGUUUU